UGAAUUAAAGUGAAUUGUUGAUGAGCCCAGCAUUUUUCCUAAUUCAUUUUAUUUUACAGAAUUAAACAAUGAAGUGACGCUUGUUUUCAGGUUUCAGGGCAUUUUUAAUGUACUCAUUUCUAGCUAGGGAAACUUCACCUUUGCUAGAAUGUUCUAGAGAGGUGGGAGAAAAUCCGGAGGAAACCCAUUUAAAGGUGGAAAACUUCACACACAAGUUCUGACCGAAACUGAGGACACGAGCCCUUAGCCUCACUGUAGUCUAAUUGCUCCAAAACACUGACCCUGGGUCGUUGACCGGAAGAUCAGGGUUCAAGCCCCAGCACCGCCAAUUUGCCACCGUUGGGCCCUUGAGCAAGGCCCUUAACCCUCUCUGCUCCAGGGGCGCUGACCCUGCGCUCUGACCCCAAUCUCUGGGAGAUGUGAAGAAAGAAUUUCACUGUGAUUGUGGCCCAGAGGAAGGACAUGGCAGAGACAGAGGUGACCGUGUCCAUGGGAGACGUGGUGGUGAUGAAGGCCACUGACGAUGAGGUUGCAGCAGGCGAUUCAAACAAGACACAGGUCAUCCUUCAGCUGCAGCCCGUCACACCUGGGACUGAAGAUAAUGCAGGAGAGACAACUACAGCGGAAGUUCUGACAGAAGGAGAGGAUGUCGAGCUGGGAUACCCCAUUACGUGUGGCGAGAGCAAAGCUGUUCUUCUGUUCAAGAAAUUUGUUUGCCCAGGAAUCAAUGUCAAAUGCGUCAAAUAUGAGGAUGAGUUAAUUAGCCCUAAGCAGUUUGUCCAUAUGUCUGGCAAAGCUACUCUUAAGGACUGGAAACGAGCCAUCAGAAUGGGGGGUGUCAUGCUCAGGAAAAUGAUGGACUCUGGCCAGUUAGAUUUCUAUCAGCACAGCACGCUGUGUACCAACACCUGCCGCAGCACCAAAUUUGACCUCCUGAUCAAUAACACGCGCUUCCCUCCUGACAGCAGUGUACUCAGUACUCCUACAUCAUCCCAGGGGCAAGUCACUGUGGGUAAUGGAGGGGAAGUUGUCACGAUAGAAGAGAAACCAGAGGAAGCGACAAGCUCUUUGGAGUGGGCAAGUGCAGAGGCUACAAAGAAAAAAGAAGUGGUAGAGAUUUCAGAGGAGACACUGAGCUUCUGGAAAGGCAUAGCGGACGUUGGUCUCAUGGGAGAAGUGGUCAGUAACAUCCGUACAGAGCUGCUGGAGAUGCUAAGAGGGGUACAGCUUCGCUCGGACCAGGCCAGCCUACAAGAUGUUGAAGUGGCAGUUCUGAGUAACCUCACUCAAGUGUUUGGCCUGCUGGACUCCAUCAAACGAAUCCUGACUGCACGGCGUCAAAUGACUGACUUGGGACAGAAACAGCUGAUCAGAACGCUAACAACUCUGGAACAUCAGCUGGAGGAGCAGAAGAAGCAGCAAGCUCAGAGCUGGUUGGUCUCGUCUUCGUCUUCCCCUCCUCCACCAAAGCGAGCUCCUAAACGGCCCCGCCUACAUCGGCCAGCCUCCGCUACAGUGCUCCAGCCACUGACACUCCACUCACCCCAGUACACACUCAUCUCCCCCAUCACCCUCUCCUCUGUAUGCCAACCCAUUACCUUGCCCGGCCUGGCACAGCCGCCUGGUGCGGUCACUCUCUUUACUCACGUGCCACAGCGUGACGGCAAGACAGAGACCUUAACGUUGGUGGGCACAGUGGCCGCACAGGAGCCGACACAGCUGAGCACCGUGGAGCUUGGUGCGAUGGGAACAAUGGGCACGGUGGAACUGGGAGCAGCAGGUGCAGUGGAAAUGGCAAACACUGUGUUGGUGCAGGAUCAUGAGAGCCAAGCAAUCGAGAUCAACCUGCAGAUGGGAGCAGAGGCAGAGGGAGCAGCCAAGGAAGAGGAAGAGAGGAGAAGGAUGGAGGGCGGAGGGGAGGAUGGAAGUGGAUUAAUAGUGGGAGAAGGAGAGAAAGAGAUGAAAGUUGAAAUGGAGGAGCUGCAUUUGGAAACCAACGGGCAGAUUCACAACCUACAGAUUUUCGUGGUGGAGGAUGAGGAGCAAAUGCAGGUUGAAGGCAAAGCUGAAUGAGCCUUGGACAAAAGCACACACACACACACACACACACACACAUGACCCUGAGACAUUUGCACUUGUUUGCAUUAUUUUCUACUACUUUUCUAAAAGAGGUCAGCAUGGCCAAGUCUGAAAGUUGUGUAACUGCUUUAUUUUGUUUUUGUUUUUUUUUGUAUAAGCAACAUCAGUAUUCCUUUAUGGACUUUCAAGAAUACACAUGCAUUUUGAUAUGCCUUUGUAGAAACAAGUACAGUAUUUUUUAAUUUUUAUUUCAUUGUAUGGAUUGUAGAAAGGCACUUUCUUUAACACGGUGCCAAAUUGUUAGAAUUUCCAUUAUCUAUGUUCAACUCUGUUACUCAAGCCAAGAGAGACAACUGUAAUUAAGAAACAUAACUUUGCUUCUGUAUACCUUAAUGUAACCUGAUCUAAUCUUGGUAUUAGCUUGCACUGGACCAACAACUGACAUUGAUAAACUCUUAAAGUGAUGGUUUGGCUUAAAAAAAUUAAUUGUAUAUAAUUUUGCAAUAAUAAUAAUAAUAUACAACUAACCACCUAAAAUCUGAAUGAAAAAUUGUACCUGAAAUCUAGACAUUAUAUGAGCAAGAAUAUAAUUCUACUUUAAAUGUAAAUGUGAAAAUAUUAAACUUGAAUAUCUCUGCUAUUUUACAAAUGCUUUUAUUUAAGAAUUUAAAGAACAACGUUCCUGAAAGCAAAGUGUAGGAAGAUUCGGGGCACUUUAUUUUGUUUUGAGAGAAUUGUAGAUCUUUACUUUUUAGCCCUGAAACAGUAAAACAUUUCAGACACCAGAUAUGGCUUUGGCUGAUCAAUUCUAUUUUUUAGUAUGUUGAAAGUUGUGUAUGUUUGAUACUUUUUUUUUUUUGGAAAGAAAACUAUUCUUUUAAUUGACUUUGGCACUAUUUAAGAAUGUGUUUUAUUUGAGAAUAUGUGUAAGA